GGCACGUUAGGGCCAAGCGCGCGCGCUUCUCGUGUCGAGAAUUCCGUCAGUCUGUCUGUCGUCCGCCAGCGUGUGCGUGAGCGUGAGCGUGUGUCUGUGAGCCUGUGCCAGUGUGUGUGCGUGAGCCAAUGGCAGCGUCGUCGGUGUUAGCCAAUUCCAAUUCUGUGGCAAAUACCGUGCCGUAAUCGUGCAAAAAUACGUGCAAAAUACGUCUGGCUAAAACACACACACACCAAACACCCCCUCUUCCCCUUUCUCACUCUCACUCUCUCUGGCUAAAUUCAAGUGCAAGUCUCAAAAAAAAAAAAAAAGAAUCAAGUGAAAGUGUUGGAGAAAUAAAAAUAAUAAACAUAAUACAAAAAGAAAUUGGGAAGGGAAAACCUUAAGCUCAACACCGCGUUAGCAACAAAAUCAACAAAAGUCCGCUGGCGGAGCGGGAAACGCGGAGCUGCGGGCUCUUCAGCUGCCAGUUCAGCUGUCAAAAUGUUUUAGCUGCUGUUAAAUCGUGUGAAAAUAACGAGCGGAGUAAACAAUAAGCCAGGACAAAUGAAAACGCCAGAGCGCGCUUUUCUCUGACUGUCGCUCUCUGUCUCUCCCCUUCUCUGUCUCUGUUUCUCUGUCUCUCUCUCUGUCUGUCUCUGCCGCUGUCGCUGUCUCUGCCGCUCCCUAUCGCCCGACUUUCGACUUUCUCCGGAACAGCUGUUCUUGUUCUCUUUCUCUCCGCGAAAAACGAAAACUAAACUUUCUCUCGAAUUCGUUGUCCUGCGCCGAAGCGUGUGUACAUAACCUAAAAUCCGCACUCUGGAUGUUGCGGUAGGCGGACGGCGGUCGCAAGUUGCACACACAAGUGCAACAUCGGGAGCAGAGCGGCAGCAGAGCGACGGAGCGGCGACGGAGCAGCGUUGAUGCCGUUGCAGCUGCUGCUGCGCAGCCAGCAACGACAGCAGCAACACUAACAGCAACAGCAACAUCAGCAGCAACGUCAGCAGCAGCAGAAACACUCACAGCAGAAGCAGCAGCAGCAGCAGCAGAAGCAGCAGCAACAAUCAGCAACAUCAGCGCCCUGUGUGCACCGACAAUAAUAUGAGGAGUGGCAGUUCGGAAUUACUACUCGAGCAGCAACAACAAGAGCUACGGUUACGUAAAAUCCGAGAACUGGCUCCGAAAAAGAAAAAUGGCAAUCGGCGCUUUCGUUCGUGGCGGGAACGUGCGCGUUUCUAUGGCACCUCGACACUGGCCUUCUUCUCGGUGACCGCCGGUGCCUCGCUGCUAUUUCUCGUACCGCUCUAUGUCGAUCCGGCCAUAUCGACGCUGAGCCACGACUUUAUCGAGAAGCCAACGCUGUGCACGACAACGCGUCGCGAGGAUCUCGUUGGUAUAUUCAAUUGCUCGUGGAGUUCGUGUCGCGAGGGCUGCACCUCCGAUUUAUAUCGUUGCGUUCAUAUUUAUGUGACGUUUAUUGAACAAAAUAUAACGAUACCCGAGAAUCUGACCGAUUAUAGUAACUUUACAUCGGAUAUGGAGCAAUCUGGUGAGGCAACACUCUUGGUUAAUAUCAAAGGAUGUGGCUAUCCGCCAUCGGUGACGUGCAAAAACUUCAACGGUUAUUAUGGCAUCGAGGGCGCCAUCUUUCCGUGUUUCUAUUCGCGCAAAAAUAAGACAGUGGUACUGACAUCCUAUAAUCACGACGACCAGGUGGCCAUGAUCAUCCACUUCUUCGCGGUGCCCUUUGUGAUAACGGUCAUCUCGUCCAUUGCCCUAUGCAUUAUGCAUUGCGACUGCCGCUGCAAGAAGGAUCGCAGCCAUCGCCGCAAUCGGCCGCAGUGCCGAAGGCCGCGCAUCGAGAAUCUCAGUGAUACUUCGAUAUCAACGCGAGUGGAUAUGCUCACGCCUGCUAUUGAAGUCUACAAGCCGCCCCUCUGACACAAGGACGACACUGUGGAGAGCAAUUUAGGGAAUCCCUCGACGAGUAGCGACUUCUAGCAGAACCUGAUAACUAACCCUGCGGAACUAGCUAAGGAUAAUCUAUUUGUUCUUCCAACAUAGUGUCAACCCCAAACGAACUUCGAAUGGAUGAUAAUGGUAUAUGGAAGAUUAAGAAUGGAAAGAUGAUAGACGAGAGAUGGUAGAUGGCCAAAAAGGACUCGAGAGAGACACGAAGACCGACUCUAUCAGAGGUUUUAGUGCAACUAGCAGAGCAGAAAUGAAUCAGAUUAAAGAGAAAACACAAACACACAGAAACAGACGCAGACACAGAAAUAAAUUAAUAAUUGAUCCAACUGAAUAAUUCCUAAGAUUGAUUAAAUUUAGUUACUUUUUAGCGUAAAUGAUUUUUAAACCAGCAGAAGAAAAAAAACCAAAACAACAGAAGGGUUAAUGAAAUAAAACGAAGUCUAGUUCUAAGCUGUGGCAAUGGCAUAUGUAUUUGUAACUCUAGCCAUAUACAAUAUAUAUGUAAAAUAUAUAUAUAUACAUAUGUCUGUCUGUCUACGAAUUCGAAUAUAUAUGCAAAUUUGGCAAUGUGUAAAUUUAGUUAAAACUGAAUCAUUACGGAUGUAAAACAAAAACAAAAUGAGGGCUAAAAACCAGUAACACCUAAAAACAGAAAAUGCAAUGAAUAAUUUUUGUACUGCUAAAGAAAAAAAAGGGAAACCCGAAAAAAAGGGAGGGGAAAAACCGAAAAUUAACAUUAAGUGUACAAUUUUUGCAUUAGGUAAUGAAUAAGUUUGUAAUGCAUUAGUAAUUAAAUACAAUAAAAAUGUUCAGCUAAUCACGUGGAAAGCAAAAUGGCAAACCAAAACUAUAAAGUGCAACUACCAAAUAAAAUAAACUUAUGUUAAAUUGGAAAUUUAAAUGGAAAUUCGGCCAGCGGCGAAAAGAAAAACACAUUUUACGCUUCAGUUAAUCGAAAUACAAACACAAGUAGACAUGCCACGCCUCAUAUUUAUAUAGAAACCGCCCACACACACACGACCAUCAAUCGCUUUUGGUUUUGCUGUAGAAAUCGGGUUUGAAAAUCGUCUUAGACGAUAUUUUCCAAAAUGCCCUUCACAAAGUGCCCCAAGUUGAAAGAAUUUGGUCAAAAUUUCAAUCAUGAAAUUUCUCAUAUUUGCGUUACACUUAAAGAAAAAAGAACCGAACUUUGUGGUGUAGUAGAGAGGGACAUAAACAAAAAUGUAAAGGUUAAAAUGUUUAAAAAAUAUAAUUCAAUAAUGAACGUUUUUUGACUGUGAUCAUUUGAAUGAUAUAUAGAGAAAUAUGAUAUUAUUGAGUAUUGUUGUUGACAACAAAAAAUUACGAAAAGCAAUUAACUUCUCGGUCAUGAUUCAAUCAUCAAUCAGCCAUCAAUCAAACUAGCACAAGCCACAGCACAUCAUCACUUACAAGUUCUCACCUCACUUAGUAUAGUUAGAUCACUUUUUUGCUCUUUUCUUUUCUUUCGAGGCUGAUCACACUACCAAUCAAUCAAUCACCACAACCAUUCAAUCGUGCUUGACAAUAUUUAAUUUCCCAAAAAUAAAAAAAGAAGUUUUUCAAAUCAUUCCAACUCACAGGACAUGAACAUAGAGAUCAUGCUGAGCCCAAUUUGUAACUAAAAAAACCAAAAAAACAAACCGCUUAUUCUGUUCCACAUUGAGAUACAGAGGCUUUUUGGUGGAGGAUUAGAGGAGGAUUAAGAGCAGGAGAAAAUUAGGGGAUAUUGAAUGUUAACAUUUAUUUGUAUAAGCUGCAGAACAUUGUUGGAUUUAGAGGAACCUGCAUAGUUUUUUGAUAUUCAUGUAGAUACAUGUAAAUGCCACUCACUAAACUUAAGGGGGAAAACGAACAAGCUGGCAUCAAGGAUAUUUGCAUUAUAUUUGUAAUAUCAAAACUGUUCAUAGUUAAGACAACAAGGCAAGCCACAGGAAAAAUAAUAAUAUAUAAAAACAUAAAAACAAUUAGUUAAUAAACAACAACAACAACAACACACACACAGAAAUAAUAAACAAAUGUAUAUAAGCUGACUAGAACAAAUUGGUAAUAGAAACGAAACUCAAUGAAAGCUGCAAAAAACAAAAAACCAAAAAAACCACAACAAGAAAGUGCAUAUAAUUUUGAUAGUUAAGCUAAUUUUAAUACAUUUUUUAAGACACUGCAGUGAUGGCAAAAAAUGGUACGUUACUACAUUAAGAGAAACCAAAAAUAGGAAAAAUUGAAAAACCAACUGAGAGGUGGAAACCGUGAAAAUUAUUCCAUUUUUACACAUCCUCAAAGGGGUCUCGUUAAUUGAUUUUGUUGUUACAGUAAACUAAUGCAAUAAACAUUCGCAUAUUUCUUACUUUUAAAUAUUAUUAUUAUUAUUAUUAUUGUUAUUUAUUAUCAUUGUUGUUAUAAACGUACAUAUAUAUGGAAAUUUGAAUUUUUAACAAGUGCACAAUGAUUUUUUAUACACCGCAAAUUGGCUUUGUCAGUGCAAGAAAAAAUGGAAAAUUCGUUUUUUAAAUUCGAUCAACUUGAGGAGAGCAUUGUCUGGCAUUCAAGUCGGACAUCACACACACACACACACACGCAUUGAACAAAAGGACAUUAAUUUAUACACAUAUAAUGACGAGAGAAAUAAUGGAAAAUAAUAGAACUAGAACGCAUAUUGAAUAAUAAAUGAGACAUACAUAUUAUUGAAAGAAAUUAAAAAGAAACAUAA